AUGGAGACGUCGACAGUGAUGUAUACCCAACUUCAGCCGUGGAGUUCGGUCAAUGUGUCUCCGUGCAUGGAGAAAAUUUCGGGGCUUCCGGCUCCCGCGAGGGUGGGAGAGCAUUACAAAACCCCGAGACCUCACCCCUGGAGACCGACGCUGGGAUAUGAGACUGUGGAACUCUCUCCUCUUCAUUCGCAACCAAUCACGAAUAAGCACUCGGACCCCUGCUACACCCCCCAGGGGAUGACAACAGAGCCCCUGAAAUUUCCGAAUCUAGUGACUGGCUUCGACAGAAAUCCCUCUCACGCUGCUCGUGCCGCUCUUUACACGAGGUACACUCCCUGCGAGUGGAGUCAGAACCAGAUCCGCCUGGGGAAUGAAGUCAACGCGAAUCGCCUUCAUUCGGAUCAACUCAGGGAUUCCGCGGUGACGAUCAUGAGGGAGGCGGACGAGAAGGUGAGGGUGGGGCAGGACGAGGCGGGAAGAAAGCUCGGAGAGAGGAUUACGGAUAUUAAUUUCUGGGAGAGAGAGCUGUCCAUGGAGUUGGAGAGGAUUAUCAUCGAGAAUGGGAAAAUGCAGGAGUGCAAGAGGACCUUGCAGAAAGCCAUUCACGACCUGGAGGCGCCCAUUCAUAUCGCCCAGGAGUGCCUGUAUCACAGGGAGGCGCGAAAAGGAAAUGAAUUGGUCCACGACGAGCCAGAGCAAGCCCUCCUGAGAGAAAUCGAAAAUUGUCGUAAUUGUCUCAAAAAAUUGGAGCAAUUCGUGGAGAAAACGGUGAAGCGGUUGACAGAGGGGAGAGCGGCUCAAAAUGAGCUGGAGCUGGACAUAAGUAAUAAAAACACAGCUCUGGGGAUCGACACAAUGUGCAAACAGUUGAAUAACUUUAGCAAUGGACUGGAGUACUACGGAGGCAUCGAGAAAUACGUUAACUGCCCAACAGACGCUGAAUCCUGGGCCCAAGCCUCCAACGACACGGUGAAGAGAUCCCAAAAAUGUCGAGAAUUCUCCCAGCAACUGCAGGAUGAAAUUGACACCACAAUCAACACAGUUGCGCAGACCAUCUGGGAGGCCUGGAGUAGCACCAACAACGCACUAUCCAGGAGGAUCACUGAGACAUUGUUGGCUAAACAAAAAAUCCAAUGCCAUUUGCAUAACAUUCAGACAGAUAUCUUCGGGAUUGAGAAGAAUGUCGAGCUGAUAAAAAAGGGCAUAUCAGACAAAUCUGCAGCUCUGAAAGUCGCUCACACCCGUUUGGAGGCCAGGAAUCAUCGCCCAGAGUCUGAACUCUGUUGCGAUUACGCUCAUCAGAGAAUAGUCCAGGAGGCUGAAACCAUAAAAUCCCUGAUCGAUGUGUUGCACUCGAAAUUGCAGGAGUGUGAGGCUCAGCAUCAGCAGUUGUUACGCACCCGGGCUCAUCUCGAGACUGACCUGAAGGCCAAAACCGAUGCGAUAUUCAUCGAUCGAGAGAAGUGCAUGGGAAUGCGUCGAAGUUAUCCGAUAGUAAAAACAGUGAAGUACUGA